ACAUGUUAUCUAAAUGCUUAUCCAUAUCUCAUAUCACGCUUUACGUAUCGAAUGCAAGACAAGCGGCCCUUAAUUAUUGUUUUCAAUACGGGUUCAGACCAUUCAGAUACCGGGGCCUCGAAAGUGGUGAUCGACUACAAGCGUCACACGCCGUCAUCAACAACGAUGUGGUUCUUGUGUUUACUUCACCACUCAUUUACUCUAAACUUAAUGACCACAUCAACCAUCACAUCGCAACACAUGGCGAUGCAGUCAAAGAUAUAGCUUUUAAUGUAGAGUCAGUCGAUGAAAUGGUCCGACAAAUCCAACAGACCAGUGAUCAACCAGUGAGACAAUGGUCUGAAUCGGACGCCAAUGGGACCGUCAAGUAUGUCAAUGUAUCGGCUUUUGGUGACACCACUCACACACUUAUUGAACGCAAUGGUUAUCCGCGAAACCUAUUUCUUCCCGGUUGGCAAUCAUCACCAUUAGAGUCGGCAUUAAAAAACAGUAUUUGGUCUGAACUGAGUUCAAUUGACUUACAAUUUAUUGAUCAUUUGGCCGCAAAUCAAAUUUAUGGUCAAAUGUCUAAAGUAGUCAAAUGGUAUGAGAGAGUUUUGGGAUUUCGGCGAUACUGGUCAGCCGAUGACACAAUUAUUGAGACACAACUAUCGGGACUCAAAUCGGUAUUUGUCACGAAUGCCAACCAACAAAUUAAGAUUCCGGUGGUCGAGGCCAAGCCCGGGCCCCGACGGUCACAGAUUCAAGAGUUUCUCGACUAUAACUACGGACCGGGCGUUCAACACAUUGCCUUCAAUACGAGUGAUAUUUGCGAUACAGUGGCUAAACUCAGACACAGAGGAGUGGAGUUCCUGUCGACUCCCGACACUUAUUACAUACAACUACGAGAGCGUCUCCGCAAAUGUAAUCUUAAUAUUAUAGACCACGAUAUCGAUAGAUUGAAAAAAUUAAAUAUAUUGAUGGACUUUGACAACAAUGGAUAUCUGUUGCAAAUAUUUACUAAACCCGUUGAGGACAGGCCUACGCUAUUUUUCGAGUUAAUUGAGAGACACAACUAUAACGGGUUCGGCGCCGGAAAUAUAAAGGCACUCUUCGAGGCCGUAGAAGCACAACAACAGCUCAGAGGAAACCUAUGAUGGGAUCUAUAGCUGACAAUAACUAUA